AUGGCACAGAACCUUAAGCUGUUGUCAAAGGUGUCACAAUUUACUCGCUGGAUCCCAGAACUGGGUGCAAAGCUGGGUUCGAAGGGCAGGGAGAGAACCCCCUUGGGCUUGACAGACAUCCCGGGCCCUUCUACCCUUAGCUUUCUAACAGAACUUUUCUGCAAAGGAGGGUUGUCGCGUCUACAUGAGCUGCAGGUGCAAGAUUCUGCCCGCUUCGGCCCCGUGUGGUUCGCCAGCUUCGGGAAGGUGCAGACGGUCUAUUUGGCAGCUCCCGCCCUAAUCGAGCAGCUGCUCCGACAGGAGGGUCCCCACCCAGAGCGCUGCAGCUUCUCCCCUUGGGUGGAGCAUCGGCGACGCUGUCACCGUGCUUGUGGACUUCUCACAGCGGAAGGAGAUGAAUGGCAGCGGCUCCGAAGCCUCCUGGCCCCACUCUUGCUCCGGCCUCGAGCAGCGGCUGAUUUCGCGGAGACCCUGGAUGGUGUGGUCAGCGACCUGGUGCGCCAUCUUCGGAGACGACGGGGUGGUCUAGGGGCCUCACCUGACCUCGUCACAGAUGUGGCUGGAGAAUUCUACAAGUUCGGCCUGGAGGGCAUCGGGGCUGUCCUACUGGGCUCGAGGCUGGGAUGUCUGGAGCUCAACGUCCCCCCAGAGACAGAGACCUUCAUUGGUGCAGUGGGCUCCGUGUUUGUGUCCACAUUGAUGACCAUGGCCAUGCCAACGUGGCUGAACCGGCUCUUUCCUGGGCCCUGGGACCGUCUGUGCCGGGACUGGGAACAGAUGUUUGCCUUCGCCCAGCAGCACAUGGAGCAGAGAAAGGCUGAGCCGGCUGCAGGGCCCACAGGGGAGCCUCAGAACUCCAGUAUAUCUGGACCUCACUUGACUGGCUUCCUGUUCCAAAAAGAGGUGCCAGCUGCAGCUAUCCUGGGAAACAUUACCGAGUUACUGCUGGCUGGAGUGGACACAGUCUCCAACACCCUUUCCUGGGCUCUAUAUGAACUUGCUCAUCACCCAGAAGUUCAGACUGCGCUCCAUGCUGAGAUCAUGGGUGCCAUGGCUCCUGGGUCCCCCACCCACCCACCAGCCACUACCUUGGCCCAGCUGCCCUUGCUGAAAGCUGUAGUAAAGGAGGUGCUGAGGCUAUACCCUGUGGUACCUGGAAAUUCCCGAGUCCCAGACAAAGAUAUCCAUGUGGGUGAUUAUGUUAUUCCCAAAAAUACCCUGGUCACUCUGUGUCACUAUUCCAUGUCUCGAGAUCCUGGCCAGUUCCCAGAUCCAAAUGCCUUCCACCCAAACAGAUGGCUGGGGGGACAGCCAGCUCCACAUCCUUUUGCCUCCCUCCCCUUUGGCUUUGGCAAACGCAGCUGUAUAGGAAAGCGCCUAGCAGAGCUUGAGCUAAACCUGACUCUAGCCCAGAUCCUGACUCACUUUGAAGUUAGGCCAGAGCCAGGUGCUGGGCUCAUCAAGCCAAUGACUAGGACAGUUCUGGUGCCUGAGAGAAGCAUCAAUUUGAAGUUUGUUGACCGAUAGUAAUGUGGUUUAUCUCAGUGUUCCCUCUCCCUCAUUCCUUGAUGGAAGUGGGUAAAUAUACACAAGUCUUUAAAGUGCUUGGAAACCCUCUCCUCCAAUGUCUCCACUGGGAGGGCAAGGUCCUUUUGUGAGGAACUGGAGAAUGGCCAAACCGAAGGCUUUGAGACAGACUUGGACAAAGGACAGAAAGGUUCAUCUGUUGAACGUGCACUGUGCAUUUGGUCCAGACCAGGCAGUAGGCUGGAACACUGGGGACCACAAUGGAACUUUGGUGAACUUCUACCUUUAAGCAGCGUGGAACAAGGGUCUAAGGAACUAUAUGCCUCCAUCCCUUCCCAUCCAUCCACUCUGAAGCCCUCUGAGCACUAGUCAUGCAGACAUUUGCCCCUUGCCACUUAAACCUGGAACUUUGGGCCAGCUCCUAAUGCAGGACUUCAAUUUUAUAUCACUACCAACCCAAGUCGCAAGCCUUUUUCGGAUUGUGGUUUUUUUAUGCUUUUGUAAUUAAAAAAAAUUAA